CCAAAAUGUCCAAAAGCUAAAGAACGUUGGUAACAAAACAGCAUUGACUUACAUUGUAUGACAUAAACCACCGAGACAUUUCUCAAAAUAUCUUAUUUUGUGUUCCACAGAAGAAAAAGUCAUAUACAAUUUCAUGAUGACAGAAUUUGUAUUUUAGGGUGAACUGUCCCUUUAAUUCCCUACGCUGUCAUCAGCGUAGUCUAAACUAUGAGAACAGUGUGGAAAAACAAGCUACAGUACAAGUACAAAUCUGUGGAGUUCCUUGAAAGCAUUAUUUCAUUUUCAAGAAUCCCACACGUGUGAACUGAGCAGUGGUAACACUAGGGGCUUUUAUUUUACAGCUGUGAAAGCAGCGCGUCACGUCACCCCACCGGCCGCCGAACAUGUCUGUCAGAUCAGGCACGAGCGUCUUUCACCACUGCAGACCGCGACGCGAACAAUGCGACAACAGGCUGAUGUGUGAUACGCUUUUUUAUGGCGCGUUAUAAAGCAAGGACUGUCGACUAUCUUGUAAUUAAUAUUGAAUAAAAGGCCUGGUUAUGGACUGUCGCUGGAGCCCGAGACUUGGUUCGAUAUAUCGUUGUGUUUUGGAAUCUUCUCACCAUGUUUUGUUACGGACGAGAUGAGCAUGAAAACAGAUAUCUCUUUAACCAUUGUUUCCUGCUAUGACCAAGAGUACAGUGACACCCACUCAUGCCAUAGAUGUGCAACCCCUAGCUCACGGAGCUAACUGUAUUUCUCCAGAUCACCCCUGGUGUUCCUCCACCUGAUGCCUCUUGCUCCCUCUUCACAUCAUUCCCUUAUCUCCCCCUUUGACUUUCCUCACCUUCCUUCCUCCCUCGCUGGCACUGUCACUUCCUGUCAGAUGUCAUAAUGGUGUGUUGUGGUCGAGCGCUGGAUGCUCCCUGCACUCUGGCUCUGUUGGUGGGCUUCCAGUUCGCGUUUGUCCUCUACUUCUCGCUGGGAGGUUUUCGUGGCCUGGUGUCUGUUCUGGUCCAUUCCUCUGAGCCUGAGUUUGACUACUCGCGACCACAUGACGUCUACACCAACCUCAGCUCUCUGCUGCUCUACCAUCCGGGACCCAGUGGACCAGUACAGCAGCUGAGAGACUGCACAGUGCCCUCUCCGUUACUGGUGGGUCCUAUUUCUGUCCACAUCUCCCCACUCCCCUCCCUGGAGGAGAUAAAAGAGAAGAACCCCUUGGUGACCUUAGGGGGUCAUUACCGCCCGCCAGACUGUAAGCCACGGCACCACACAGCCAUCGUGGUCCCCUACCGGAACCGCCAGACCCACCUCCGCGCCCUUCUCUACCAUCUGCACCCCUUUUUGCAGCGCCAGCAGGUCCACUACGGCAUUUACAUUGUGCACCAGUCAGGUAAUUCCACAUUUAACCGAGCAAAGCUGCUGAACGUCGGGGUGCGCGAGGCACUGAAAGAGGAAAACUGGAGCUGUAUUUUCCUGCAUGAUGUAGAUCUGCUGCCUGAAAAUGACCACAAUACUUAUACCUGCCAUCCGGAGUACCCAACACACCACUCGGUCGCUAUGGACAAGUUCAGAUACAGGCUUCCGUACUCUCAAUACUUCGGAGGAGUAUCUGCCGUAACACCAGAGCAGUACCUCAAAAUGAACGGCUUCCCCAACCAAUACUGGGGCUGGGGAGGAGAAGACGAUGACAUUGCAGCUCGAGUGCGUCUUUCUGGCAUGAAGAUAAUGCGCCCCCCUUCGUCUAUUGGUCAUUAUAAUAUGAUCAGACAUAAAGGAGAUCAGGGGAAUGAGCAGAACCCUAGAAGGUUUGACUUGCUUAAGCGCACAAGGCUGAGCUGGCGAUUGGACGGACUGAAUUCGCUGACUUACAAGCUCCUGUCCAAAGAGUUUGAGCCAUUAUACACUAAUUUGUCGGUGGAUAUUGGGGAUGAUCCACACUAUCCCCCUUUAAAGACUUCAGUCCCAAACUCAAAGCAUCACCAACCUGCCCCAACCAAUAAGAUAAAGACUUUAAAACGGGGUGUGGUCAACACUGAUGCUACAAAAGUAGAAAAUACCCACUUAAAGGCCAACAAUGAAAGUACGAAUGGUGUUUAGAAAGCUGCUACGAAAGAUGUAGGAUGACGUUGAUGAUCUACAGGAAAGGCAACACAGGGUGAUUCAAUAAUGGAGCUUGCUCUUUAUUAUCACAUACAUUUUAUAUAGUAAACCACUAUAGGCAGAUAAGUUCACGUCUGGAAUAGUGUCGAGCAAACUGUUCAGCCUCUUCUGAAUGUCUGACAAAAUACUGAUAUUGGUGACAUUUGCACAAGGCUGCAAUCAUUCGCUGAAUAUCUCUCUGCUGGAGAAGUCGUAUCUGAGAGGAGGCGGAGCUGCAAAUGGCCUCAACAGCGACCUAGCAGCAUACAGUCCUGUGUAUUUUUUGAGCCAAUCUGCUGCCAGCUGCUGUUCUUCACCCCACUGUGUGGGUCUGUUUUUCUGUGCCUUUUCUUGCCCUUGAACCAGUCUCUUAUCAACAUGUCAUAACUCAGUUAAAACAUCACAUCACUGGUAUGAAUACAUAAAUAACGCUAGAGUGUUAUGCUUAGUCCACAUAUUCAUGUUUUUUUUUCUCUUUUUAAUCAGGAUAUGUUGCUUUGUGAUUUGGCGCUUGAGCAGACUUGUAUCACUGUGGUCUAAUUUUGGUCGUACUGAAUAAACCUUUAUUUUCUAUUUUAGUUAGGAAGGUUUGAUCUUGAGUAGUAAGCACUGGUUUGUUUUCUUUUUGAGCUGCUUAGGUACUUAUUUUAUUAUAGAGGACAAUAUUCUUUAGGUAUUGUGUGGUGCCUUUGUUGGUAUAAGUUUUGGUUGUAGACAAUCACUUGGAUAAGCAUUUAAUAUGGAGUAUAUAUUUAUAAAUCUUAUAGCUUACUGUUCUUUUAUUUUAGGCAUUACAUAUGUAAUACAUAUGGAUAUAUUUCUGUUAAAUCGAAUAGAUUUGUUUAGGUUUAGUGUGACUUUAGUAUAAGGUGUUAGUUGACAUAUUAAGGAGUCAAUUGGUGCAGGCGAGUUUCAUGUUCCCAUUUGUUAGUCAAAAAGUUGUUGGAUUGUAUUGGAUUUGAUUGGAUAAAAUGAACUCCACUCUUGUAUACAAUCAUUAACAUAAGCUUGUUGGAAAAACAAAGAUAUAAGACAUUUUUCCUGUAAAAUAUUUUUUAGGUAAAUAUUAUGCUCCACAUUAUAUUGUAUUUAAUAGACCCCCUGAUUAAUUUUUAAUGUCGUUGACAUUUGACACGCAAUCACAUAUUUAAAAGUUGCGGUAACUAAGUCUAAACUGGCUUUACUAGAAUUUCUAUAGAAAUAAAAUCCAGUCACAAUAUUUUAAAAUUCACACAACCAGGCUGCAAUCUAGAUUUUAAUGCAUUGCUUUAAAUGUUCAUACUGGUUAUAUUAAAAUACAGUGAUUUUUUUGGUCCUCAUGCCUUUUACUACAUACUUUUAACUAAGUGAUGGAUAUAUUAUUUGUCGCUAUAGUUGUUUAAAUAAUUCAAGAUGAUAAUAUGAAAUGUUGCAUGUGGCAAGGAAAACUAUACUAAUAUUUCACCCAUGUAUAGAGUAUAUAUAGUAUAUAUUUAAUACAUAGUUUUUUAUCAGAAAUUUGGUAGAAGUGUUAAACUACGUUAAUACAUAAAAGUCUCUAUAUGAAAUCUACUCUGUGAUGAUCUACUCUGAUUUAUGUUAAGGAUUGUGUUUAUUUUUUUGACAUUUUAUGUUAGAAAAUUAUGUGAUUGUGUAUUUGGACUGGUGACUGUUGAUUUUAUAAAGAUUUCAUAAUGUUGCUAAAGGUUACUCAUAACAGAUCUCCAGUUUAAACCUCUGCUAGUAUCACAGUUGUGUAAUAGUUUUAAAUCUGACUUCUGUCAGGUACCGUGCAAUUACCCCUGAUUGUGAAUAAACACAGUACACAGCAUUGUAACAUUGUGACCAUGCAACUGUUUUAUAUUUAUCAACAGAGUAGAACACAGUUAUACUAAGUACAAGCUUUGAUUAUGUAAUUGACUUACAGGACCCACUCUUACUGUAAGUUCAUCUUCAAUUCCUCAAGCUUACAGUUCUGCUUGUCUUAAAAUCCCUCAUUUGAUUUCGAGCACCAAAAAGACAAACCGAUAACUAGUGAAUCUUGCUGAUGCUGUGUUCUAGUGGGACUACAGAUAUGUCAGUGCAUUAAAUUAUUUCAGCAAAUAAAGGAUA